GAAAGCGAAAUUCUCGCUGACCAUGGGUGCAUCGUUAGGCCCUUUACCUUUUGCUGCAGGUGGUGGUUCACCCUCUCCACGACCUUUGUUUCGUUGAGGUAUAUAAAGCCAGGGGUUGUAGGUGUUUAGCUCGCAGUCUUUCGAAAAAUUUAACCGCGUGAUUUUCGUCAGUCAAUUCUAUUUGCAAGGAAAAAUGUAUCGCAGUUUAAUGAUGUGUUUGACGAUUUAUUUGUGCGGUGCUGCAGUUGUACCGAUUAAAGAUCAAACUAACGACGAGCAGAGCGAGAAAAACGAUGAAACGAAUCAGCGAACAUUCGCAACGCUUGGAAUCGGAGGUCAGCAACAAAUUUAUCCGGUUAAUCGCUAUCAUUAUCCAACGUAUCCAGAAUAUGGAAACAACGGAUACGCGAUUCAGACGGGGUACGAGGGGUACCUCGUUCCCGCUGUUGUACCGCAACAGAACACAGACUCUGCUUGGAUUACCGAAAUUGGGACCAGUUUGCUUCCAUUCUCCGAUGAAAUUCUCCUAUAUGGAAUUCGUGCUGGAGCUUACUUAUUGCAUUUUCUAUUUGCAAUUAUAUUAGGCGGAGCAUUUACCACCGUCGUUUGUACCUUUACACCUAUUUGCACCAUUAGUUUCAUUGGCUUUGGAUUUACCAAUAAUCAUCAGGUGAAGGAGCAGGUAGCGGAAUUAUCCCAGGGCCUUUUAAACGACGAGGUCGUGAACGUAGCUACCAUUUUAAUUUCAAGGGCUCUCGACAAUUAUGCGGCGAUGCAGCGCGAGAGACAGGAAAAUAGGAAAGAAAAAGAGGGGGAGAAAUUGAACGACUCUUCGAGUAUGAGAUAAUUCAAUUUUAUUCUUGUUUCAUUUCUUCCUUGACAAUUAUGUAUAAUAAUUUAAGUAACGUUAUAGCGAUAAAAUAAAUCUGUUCUGAACGUA